UUUUUUUUUUUUAUGACAUAAGGAGAUUUCCCUAAACUCUUGUAAGACAAUUAUGAGAUCCUACACCAAACCACUAAAAUAAUCCUAUUUAUUCAAUGGAUCCAAUUUAUGAAAGUUGAAAAUUGAAAAACGUAGAGCACAUAAUGGAACCUGGAAAUCCCUUGUUUGUUUCUUCUGAUUGAGCCCAGAAAAUAAGCAAAAUCAGAGUUUCAGGAUGGAAAGUGAUCAGCUGUCAACGCUCCAGAAAACGAUAAGACCCAUCAAUUUUUUUUUUUUCUCCUUCUUUGUGGCGUGCUUUUGACUAAUACAAUAUACAAAUUCUUAGUGGCGUGUAGAGUUGUGUUGUGGGCGACAUCAUCGCCAUGGCUGCAGGAGAUAACUCCAACGCCAUAGAAAUGGAGGAUUCAAAAAUUCCCCUCUUGACUCCUUACAAGAUGGGAAGAUUUAAUCUCUCACAUAGGAUAGUUUUGGCUCCCUUGACAAGGAUGAGAUCUUACAACUUCACAGCUCAACCACAUGCCAUUUUGUAUUACUCUCAAAGAACAACAAAGGGUGGUUUUUUGAUUGGAGAAGCAUCUGCAAUUUCAGAAACUGCUAUUGGUGGCCCAAACAUUCCUGGAAUUUGGAAAAGAGAACAUGUGGAAGCUUGGAAACCCAUUGUAGAUGGUGUUCAUCAGAAAGGAGGCAUAUUCUUUUGUCAACUCUGGCAUGCUGGGAGGGCUUCCAAUUUUUGUUUUCAGCCAAAUGGGCAGUCUCCUGUCUCCAGUACUGACAAGCCAAUAACUUCUAAAUUUCGCAUUGAUGGCACUACUGCAUCAGCAUUUCCUGCUCCUCGUCGGCUCACUACUGAGGAGAUCCCUCAGAUUGUCCAGGACCACAGAAUUGCUGCAAGAAAUGCUAUAGAAGCAGGUUUCGAUGGGGUGGAGAUUCACGGAGCCAAUGGGUACCUCAUUGAUCAAUUCUUGAAAGAUAAGGUAAAUGAUCGGACAGACAUAUAUGGAGGGAGCUUAGAAAACCGUUGUCGCUUUGCAUUAGAAGUAGUUAAAGCAGUAGCUGAAGAGAUUGGAGCUGACAGAGUUGGCAUUAGACUCUCGCCAUUUGCUGAUUACAACGACUGUGGAGAUUCCAACGCUGAAGCUCUUGGCCUGUACAUGGCUGAGUCUCUAAACAAACUUGGAAUUCUCUACUGUCAUAUGAUAGAACCUCGGAUGAUCACACAAUUUGAGGAGCAGCAAACACGACAUAGUCUGUUGCCUAUGAGAAAGGCUUUCAAGGGAACAUUUAUUGUUGCUGGAGGAUACACUAGAGACAAUGGUAAUGAAGUGAUUACUCGUGGAGGUGCUGAUUUAGUUGCAUUUGGACGCUUGUUUCUGGCCAACCCUGAUCUACCCAGGAGAUUUGAACUCAACGCUCCACUUAACAAGUAUGAUAGAAGCACUUUUUAUACAUUUGAUCCUGUUAUUGGUUAUACAGACUACCCAUUUCUUGAUGGUAUUGUUUAAGCUGGAUUUCCACAUUAAAUACUAUGUGUGGAAAAGAAAACGAGAUAUUUAUGGCUGUUUCCAUUAGUUAAUGAUGAGACGAUUACAUUUCCACCACCAUAACCUACCUCAUCAUGGCAUCAAAAUGCCAUUAGUCAACAGCAAAAUUCUCGGAACUGAAAGCGAACUAUAUAAACAAUUUAUGCGAAAGAAGCGUGGCCUGGGAUUGCAGCUGGUGCAAUGACAAGUUGACAACCUUCCUCCCAACAACGACAACAAAUUAGAAUAAUCGAAAAAGGAAAGAUGAUCUCAUCGGUUUCCACAGGGAAUUUGUUGUUAUGUCCCGUCAAAUGACACAGAAUUUCCUAAUACACUGACAUGGUACAACUGAUUAUUGAUAAUUUUAACGAUCAGCCUAUUUGAUUUUAAAAUGCAAUUAGAAGAUUAAUGGAAUAUUUGCCAAGAGAAACAAAUGAAGGUGGUACAUUAUUUUAAAAGCUAUGAAAGCAAUGACAAACAAAAAUAAAUGGGUCUUAAAUUUUUUUCCCCCUUCCAUCUAAACAAGAGAAUAUUUCUUAUCUUUUAAUUCGUUCAACAUUAAAUUCAAGCUGAUUUUCUUCACACAUGGAUACAAGUUUGGUAACAAAUUGAAGCAGCAGAACUCCUCAGCUAUGAUGACAAUAAUGUUGGCCUCAUUUAACGGGAAACCGAUCAUCAAAUACAAGUAUGAGAAUCCACAAUCAUGUGAUCGGCAUUCCAUUCAUCAACCAAGAGUUUAUCCGUUUAUUAAACUAGUACUCAUUCUAUAAAACCAGAAUUCAAGCAGACAGUCGUCACAUAAUCAAAGAAGCUACAUUCUCUACAAAAGAUAACCACUUAGCUUAAUCAUUAAUUGUUGGUGCAAAGUACGCAGUAGCAAUCUCCCUUCUACAACUAUUUAAUUUUUUUCCCCAGACAGGAGAAGGAUAAAAUAAGAGGGAGCAGAGAUAUCCUUCUCCUUGAAGACAAAAGCAGCAAAAAAUUAAGAAGCAAAUAUCCCCAUUAACAUGAGUUGUUCAAACAGU